ACAUAAAUUAUUUCAUUGCAGGAACGCAACACUUAAUGUUAAAACUUUUCACAUGUGCGGAAAAACGUUUAAAUGGAAAAAAAACGCAAUUACCUCACAUGAGUUCUUUAAAAUCAACUGACUUUUUAAGCAUUAAGCAUGCUUGUAUAAUCUAUAUAAGGUAGUUUUAAAACUAUGGUUUUCACAGUCUUCCUUGUCUGAAGAGAACGUCUGCACUAAGAUUAAAAAUGACAACAAGUUCCAGAAUGUUCGUCUGCAUUUUUGUAGCAAGCGCCAUUGCUGUAUCAUGCUUUGCUCAAAAGGCACUUGAUAAAGAGGUUCGAGAUGGUCGUGUUCCCUACGGUAUCGGCAAGUUGACCUGGGCGGAAUACGCACUUCUUGAAGACUCUGUUAAAUAUAUCGUCGGUCCACACGCCCCUGUAACUCCUGAAAUACUUGCCUUCGCCGAAUCACAACCAGGUAUACCCAGAAACUUCCAUGAAAUGAUGCUUUACAUGCCAUUUUACUAUAGUCAAGCCCGCGAAAUCGGUGUACAGAAAGUUGAAAACGCUUACAACGAGGGAAUUGAAGACCGAGCUAAUAUUGACACAAUUGUCAACAGAAGAGCAACACAGUGGUGGAUCAACAAUGGAUAUGUUAGCCAAACUGGUAAAGAUUAUAAAUACGGUUAUUAAAUGGACCAAACUUUCUGAAUUUAAAUUUAUUUCGUUUGUAAUCGUCCUAGAUGUUUGGCAGUUGUAUCCAGUUAAAACCAGUUCAUGAUUUAAGGGUAUUCUCUAAGACAUAUUCAGAGAAAGAUAUGAAAAAGCUUUCGGAAGUGAAACCGAAAACGAUGCAAAAUGUGUAGAAAUGUCAUAUAGUUUAAACUGCAGGUUGUUUAUUUCUUAAUGCACUUUAAAUUUGUUUUAUGUACCAACACAACUGACUUCUUUCAGUCGUUUGUUACGCUAUGAUUUAAUUUUAGAAAAAUAAAAAUGUAACACCAUUU